GGCUCCCGCGAGGAGGAGGGGAAAGCGGCAGCGCGCACUCGCGCGUGCGUGAGCUGGCGCGCGAGGAAGGGCCCGGUCGCGCCGAGGCUCGUGCGGCCGUCGCCAUUUUGUAGGGUUCUCUCUGACGCGGGAGCCGCCGCCACCGCCACCGCCACCCGGAGGCUGUGUCAGGAUGGUGAAGCUGUUCAUCGGAAACCUGCCCCGGGAGGCCACAGAGCAGGAGAUCCGCUCCCUUUUUGAGCAGUAUGGGAAGGUGCUGGAAUGUGACAUCAUUAAGAACUACGGCUUCGUGCACAUAGAGGACAAGACGGCGGCUGAGGAUGCCAUACGUAACCUGCACCACUACAAGCUGCACGGAGUGAACAUCAACGUGGAAGCCAGCAAGAAUAAGAGCAAAGCUUCUACCAAGUUACACGUGGGCAACAUCAGUCCCACCUGUACCAACCAAGAGCUUCGGGCCAAGUUUGAGGAGUAUGGUCCAGUCAUCGAAUGUGACAUCGUGAAAGAUUAUGCCUUUGUACACAUGGAGCGGGCAGAGGAUGCUGUGGAGGCCAUCAGGGGCCUUGAUAACACAGAGUUUCAAGGCAAAAGAAUGCAUGUGCAGUUAUCUACCAGCCGGCUUCGGACUGCCCCUGGGAUGGGAGACCAGAGUGGCUGCUAUCGGUGUGGGAAAGAGGGACAUUGGUCCAAAGAGUGCCCAGUAGACCGUACAGGGCGUGUGGCAGACUUUACUGAGCAGUACAAUGAACAGUAUGGAGCAGUGCGCACACCCUACACCAUGGGCUACGGGGAAUCCAUGUAUUACAGCGAUGCCUAUGGAGCACUCGACUACUAUAAGCGUUACCGGGUUCGCUCUUAUGAAGCGGUGGCGGCGGCGGCAGCAGCUUCCGCAUACAACUAUGCAGAGCAGACCAUGUCUCAUCUGCCUCAAGUCCAAAGCUCAGCUGUGACCAGUCACCUCAACUCCACUUCUGUUGAUCCCUAUGACAGACACCUAUUGCAGAACUCUGGUGCUGCUGCCACCUCAGCUGCAAUGGCUGCUGCUGCCGCCUCCUCUUCCUCCUAUUAUGGAAGGGACAGGAGCCCGCUGCGUCGUACUGCAGCUGUGCUCCCUGCAGUUGGAGAGGGCUACGGUUAUGGGCCAGAGAGUGAGCUGGCUCAGGCUUCAGCAGCUGCACGGAAUUCUCUGUAUGACAUGGCCCGGUAUGAGCGGGAGCAGUAUGUGGACCGAGCACGGUACUCAGCCUUUUAAAAACUGGAGGUGUGAACCUCAAAUGGACUGAAUAACCCUGAGUUGGUUGCAGUCCCAGGAGCCUGAUGUUAAUGAGGCUGCCAGGAUGAAAUACUCCAGAACUGUUGGGGAUCCAAAUUCGGGUCUCACCCUAGCAGAACUGAUCCAAGAACGUCACAACUUUUGAAGUCGAUUGGCACAGAUCAAGACCAAGAUUUGGCCCUUUGUCUGUAAUAAGUAGAGGAACUUGGUGUGAGUUAACUUUUUUUUUUCCCUCAGCCAUUGGUGUCUGGAGUUCCCAUCAUCAAUGGAAGAAUUAAGAGAAUCCUAGCAGUGAUUUCUUCUUUUGAUUUGUCAAGGGAGAUUUGGUCAACUAGGGGAACUACUGGAAUUAUGGCUCUAAAUCUGUGACAUUGUGACAUGGAGAUGUGUUGGAAAUGGAUGAAUGACCAACCACUCCUUGAGACUCUACCUUUUAUGACUUGUCAUUUCAGAAAGUUUACUUUGAAAGAUUAAAAUGAAAUAUUCAUAAUGUAUUUGGGCUGGGCCCAGUGGUAUGUGACUGUAGUCACAGCUACUCAAGAGGAGACCUUGUCCCAUUUUCAGAAAAGAAAAGAAUAGAGCAGUUGACUAUAUUUGAGAUCUCAGCAUCUUUUGCUUUUCCUAGAUCCCAAAGUUAAAAUUGUAAUUCUUGAUAAUGUAUGCCCUUUGUUGGAGCCUUCUAUCACAGAGGUUAUCUUGCUUUAAAAAGAUGGAUAAGAAGAUGAGAAAGUGGAAUUUAAUGUUAACACAGCAGUUUUCCAGCUAGAUUGCAUAUUGUCUUAUAUAUAGUUAUAAUUAGAUUCCUAUAUGUAGCUAUUAGACUCCUGGGUAAUUUUGUGGGAUAUAAGUUUGAUCCAGUCUGACUUGGUUUUGUUUUGUUCUUUGUUUUUUCCCUCCCCUGGAAUACAGGACGGGACCAGGGCCCUUGUACUCGGAGCCAAGCUGCUCUCCAGGCAUUGUGUAAGCCUCUUGUGUUGUGCUCUCUUUCAGGUAGGAUAAUUGCGGACUGAACCCUCGGGCUGCGGUCAUAUAUGAGAACUUGCUCCGCGCGGUCCCCUUUGCCGGGAUGUUUCCAUUGCUUCAUGUUUCAGUAAAACAAAGGAGUUUGUGACCAACUAUGUUUUCUUUCUUAAUUUAAUUCUUCUAAGUUGACUUUUCUUUCCUUCUGAUGCUAGUCUCUGUAGCCUUUCACUCUGUUCCUCAUAUCCUCAGCCUCUGAACAGCCCUAGGUAAGGAUUAUGCUGGCAUCCCCUUUUUCCAUACAGUGGAAAAACCCCUCUUACCUUGCUUUCCCUAGGAGUUGAGCCUUUCUCCCUGCCUACCUGCAGCAUCUCCUUUCCCUUUAAAAUGACCUUGUAGUGACAAACAGCCUUUUACUCUUCUCUGUUAGCUCUGGACUCUUUAACAUUGAAGCUAAUCUUCUGAAAUUGCUAGGACCAUUGGGGGUUUUGUUGGUUUGUUUGUUUUGUUUUGUUUUGUUUUUGUCUGACCUGUGAUCGUGGUACAGCAUUAGCUGAAAUUUAGUCUUGUUUUU